GGGAAUGAGGGAACCAAAACAAGUUUUUCACCAACGUGCUGGUUUUUCUUUUUUUAUAUUGAUAAGAGGACGGAGAGAGAGAGCGAGAGAGAGAGAAUAGCAUAUGGGGUGGGAAUGAGAGAACCGAAACAUACUGUAUGUUCAUUAGUAGGCCUGUAAAGUUGGGAGAUAAAGAUAGAAAACAAAUGAGACGGUCUACCGCCGCGACGCCCAUCCCCGUAAUGUCUCAUCCCUGAACGUUUCACAACUACCGGUUGACUGCGGCUGGAAUUGUGACGGAUCGACGCACUGAGCAUGUCAGGGCGAGUUUUAUAGAAAUGCGUUUGGAAAUAAAAUCAGUAACAAAAACGUCUUUCAAAAUCAUUUGGGGAUGUUCGACUCACGAGGAUGCUUGAAGGAAUUUGAUUUUCCACUUUGACAACUCUAAACUGUUUGGAUGAAUUCUAUUUUUCAAGACUUCCAAGUUCGCCACAGGUCUCUAUCACAGCCCAACUUGUUGCUAUUGAAAUUAUAUCUAGCUCAAAUACAGUUGUAGGUCUAUGUCACUCAUCUUUCUUAGUUUGAACAACGGUCAAUAUUGAAUUAAACGUUUAACCACUAACUGGAUAAAACGAGAAGAUGUUGGAGAAAUAUUCCCGGCACAGCCCCGGAGGCGCGCCCGUCCCGAACACGGACCUGCAACUCAAACUACCCGAGAGCAACGUGGGUACCGGAGGCCAAGAGAAAGAUAACGGGUCUGGGCAGAAACUGGUGGAGAUAACGGGACCGGCGCUGUCCAAACGGAAACUACUGGUCGGUCUGGACCUGCUCUGUCUGGUUCUGGCCUCCAUCCCGUUCUUGGUGUGUGAGCUGAAGGCAGUGAGUCCAUAUAGCAGAGGGUUUUUCUGUGGUGAUCCCAGCAUCAUGUAUCCAUACCUACACAGAGAGGCUAUACCAGAUCAGCUGCUCAUUACUGGUGGGAUCAUCAUCACCGGACUCACUAUAGCUUUAGGGGAGUGUUACCGGGUGCAUUACCGAGGGGUCAGCUCCAAAGCCUUCGUCAGGAACCUCUACGUCUCAUGCCUGUAUAAGGAGUUAGGUUCCUUCCUGUUCGGCUGCUGCGUCGGCCAAUCCCUGACCAACAUGGCCAAGCUGAGCGUGGGGCGGCUGCGACCUCACUUCCUGUCUGUGUGCGGCGUCUCGUACGCCUCGCUCAACUGCACCCUCGGAACCUACGUCUCCACGGUAACCUGCAGAAAGACAGACCACCGAUUGGAGGAGGAGGCCAGGAAAUCAUUCUUCUCUGGUCAUGCUUCGUUUGCAAUGUACACCAUGCUGUAUCUAGCAUUCUACCUCCAAGCCAGGUGGUGUUGGCGAGGGGCCAGGUUACUCAGACCCCUCAUACAGUUCUUCCUGGUUCUACUAGCUGUGUAUACAGGCCUGACUAGGAUAUCUGACUAUCGACAUCAUCCCUCUGAUGUCAUCACUGGCUACAUACAGGGAGCCUUGACUGCCUACUGGGUGGCCUUCCACGUCUCCUCCAUGUUUAAAGACUACAACUCUACCCUCUCUCCUAGCCUGGACAACCCCCCAUCACCACACCUCCUCCAUGUUUAAAGACUACAACUCUACCCUCUCUCCUAGCCUGGACAACCCCCCAUCACCACACCUCCUCCAUGUUUAAAGACUACAACUCUACCCUCUCUCCUAGCCUGGACAACCCCCUGUCACCACACCUCCUCCAUGUUUAAAGACUACAACUCUACCCUCUCUCCUAGCCUGGACAACCCCCCAUCACCACACCUCCUCCAUGUUUAAAGACUACAACUCUACCCUCUCUCCUAGCCUGGACAACCCCCCAUCACCACACCUCCUCCAUGUUUAAAGACUACAACUCUACCCUCUCUCCUAGCCUGGACAACCCCCUGUCACCACACCUCCUCCAUGUUUAAAGACUACAACUCUACCCUCUCUCCUAGCCUGGACAACCCCCUGUCACCACACCUCCUCCAUGUUUAAAGACUACAACUCUACCCUCUCUCCUAGCCUGGACAACCCCCCAUCACCACACCUCCUCCAUGUUUAAAGACUACAACUCUACCCUCUCUCCUAGCCUGGACAACCCCCCAUCACCACACCUCCUCCAUGUUUAAAGACUACAACUCUACCCUCUCUCCUAGCGUGGACAACCCCUGUCACCACACCGUCUGUUAGGGGAUAGGUCUGUGUGUGUUUCUGUGUUAGUGAAGUGUUUCAGAACAAGUCCUGUGAAGUCACUUACCUCAGUAUUCUGUGGGAGAGAGAUUAAGAGAAAGAAAGGGAGACGGGAGAAAAAAGAGGGAGAGAGGAUAGUGGGAGAGAAAGAGAAGGGGAGACAGAGACACAGAGAGAGAUG